AUUCUUAUUAUUUUAUUGCAAACACAAUGCUUCUCGCUUGUCGUGCUGGUGGUCGAGUCAUUCCCGCAGCAGCGGCCACUGCGACUGGGACGCUGCUCACUGUGACGAGGAUCGGCCGUGCAAACCUGGCCUCCGCCGCGGCCGUGACGACGAGGUCUGCCUCGCAUUGUUCCGCACCACCGCAACACGGCGUAUUAUUCCGUCAGCUUCAUAAGCAACCGACCCAUCCAAAUCCGCCGCCAGUCCGAGCUCAGUCUCUUUCCACGACUACUGCAGUUCCACAGUCAAGCAAAUCAACACGAACAACCAGCACCAUGAUGUCCAAGCCAAUCCAGCUCUACUCGCUCGCCACCCCCAACGGCCAGAAGGUCGCCAUUGCGCUCGAGGAACUCGGUCUGCCGUACGAGGCACACACGAUCAACAUUAUGAGCGGCGAUCAGUUCACGCCCGAGUUCAAGCGCGUCAACCCAAACUCAAAGAUCCCGGCCAUCGUCGACACUGUGGACGGCCAGGAAACGCCCGUCUUCGAGUCGGGUGCCAUUCUGCUGCACCUCGCCGAGAAGACUGGCAAGCUCUUGCCCAAGGAUGCUCGUCAGCGCCUCGAGGUCAUCCAGUGGCUCUUCUUCCAGAUGGCCGGCGUCGGUCCCAUGUUUGGCCAAUUCGGCCACUUUUACAAGUACGCGCCGGAAAAGAUCGAGUACGCCAUCAACCGCUACACGACGGAGGCUCGCCGUCUGCUGGGCGUCCUUGAGAAGCAGCUCGAAGGCCAUGACUACCUUGUCGGCAACGAGCUGACGAUCGCUGACAUUGCCACCGCCCCGUGGGUGCGCUGCCUCGACACUGGCUAUGCCGGUCGCGAGCACUUGAAGCUGGACGAGUUCAAGAACGUGAAUGCCUGGGUUGCCCGUCUGUUUGCCCGCCCAGCCUUCCAGAAGGGUCUGACUGUGACUCCUUUCUCCAAGUAAAAAAUGUUAUGAUCAGAGCUUGUUCCACGAAGAUGCGAGUAAUAAUAGGGAAACAAGCGACUUCACUUGUGCAUAUCGACAUCAAUCCAUAACACUGUUGCAAACAAAAAAAAAAAAAAAAGACAAAUGGAAGAAAUUGAAUAAAGUGAUUUUCGAAUCGU